GAGAGUAAAAAUGUAACACAAGGAGGAAAGUUGAUUGGACCACAAACCACAGCUUCAUGACAGUGAAUAGGGAGGAGAUAGACAGUGCAGACCAGGAGAGGUUAAUUGCGCAGGUGAACAGGUGAGCAGGUGAGGAACACGAGAAGGAGGCGGCCGGCUGCAGGAACAUUUGAUCUGCAGACAGGUUGAAACUGAAGCAUCCACCCCGGCGUAUAUAACGGAGAGACAGCCGUCUGAGCGCACCACAAAGCCUUACCCGGUGCUGCUGCUUUGGACCUGGACGCAGAGGACACCGACACUACAGCGGUGAGUCCCACAGCUGCAUGAGGAAACUACAGGUGUGGGCUGGGUCAGCUUCCAACCUUUGGAGGAGUUCGGCGGGAAACGGAGCAGCACUGGAAUUUCAGACAACAUUCAGAGAGUUUUUAGCUACAUGUUAGCCUUUUUUUUUUUUUUUUUACAAGAAAUACUUAACGUUUUUCGACUCAACAGAAUUUUUUCAAUGUGUGACUUCAAUGAAAGUUUAUUUUUGAUUCAAAUUGGCUAUAGUGGUAGAAUAACACCUUUUAUCCAAUAAGGGAUUGUACUAAAAUUAUCAGGUAUAUCACAGAAGUCUAAUAUGUUUCUAUUAUCAUCCAUUUUUACUCAUGGGAAAGAGUCAGGGGAAAGUACUUUAGACUUUUUUCGUUACAUAUAAAUGAUUCGUAACCUGUCUAAAUGUGGUGGUUACUGAAAUCUACAUGCACCAACUGAGCUGAUGUCCUGGAUGUUAACUGUGCAAUUUUAUUAACAACUUGAGGCUGUUGGGUUUAUUUUUCACUCUCUUUUCGUUUCCCAAAGGAAAGAAAUAUUGAUAUUGGUGUCAAGGGUUAAAAAAUAAGAAUCAGUUUGAUAAAAACAAAAUUAAAACAGGUAAAUUCAAUCUUCAAUAUCACCCUGCCCCCAACACAAAUAUUUUUUGUACAGCUCCUUAGUGGAUAAAUGUGGUCAUGUGAGCACUCAAUAACAUUUAAACUCUAUUAUUUAUUUAUUUAUUUUUUGCUGUCAUUUGUUCUGUAGAGAUAUUAUCUGACAUUUUGGCUAUAUCUGUAAAAUAAUCAACUGGAGUUAUUUUUUGGGAACAUCACAUUAACCUUAAUACAGCUGCAAAUACAAAACAAGUUAAUCCAGCAUUACACAAAAAUGGGAAUAAAUCACCGACUAAUGUGUGUCAGAAAGAGAUGGUGAGCUAGAGUAAGAGGGGAAGAGAGAGAGAGUGAAAAUGGUGUGAUUAAGUUACUGAGCCCUCUUUGACCCGACAGGACCAGCAUGUCGCUCACCUCCAUUCUCUCAGCUGAGGCCAUUGAAAACGCUGUCCAGGACUGUCAAGGUAGCAUCUCCACACAGACACACAAAGACACAGACACACACACAGACACACACACACACACACACACACACACGCACACACACACACACACACACACGCACACACUUGAUCAUUCAUUACAUCAUCAUUGAGACAACACCCUGACAUAACUAAUUACCUUGAGCUUGCAGGAAUUGAGUGUUAUAAUGUUAACAGGCACAGGUUCUUGCCUACGUUGAAUUUUUAAUCUUUGUAGUGUUCAUUCACCCUCAGAUCAUUUCUCUUUCACUAAAUAAAGCCUAUAAUCUUCCCUGCAAUGCAAUGUUUCCGAUACCGCACAGCCUGCCUGCACUCAAGUCACACCAAGCUUUAACUGAAUGACAAUGAACUUGAAAUGUGUCUCCUAAACUCAAAAAGAUACAAACAUGGGAAAGCAGACUCAUGCUGUUUUAAUCUCCUUGCAGCUCCCAAAUUGGUUGACUAAUAGGCCAGCUUUUACAUAUCCCUUUUUGUGGUUGUUUGGGUGUGUUUUCUUUUAGCUCCGGACACGUUCUGCUAUAAAAAGUUCUUUAAACUUUGUGGCCUGUCAACAAAGACGCCACAGGAAAUCAAAGAUGUCUUCCAGAUCCUGGAUGAGGACAACAGCGGAUACAUUGAGGAGUCAGAGCUCAAGUAUGUAAAAAUAAAAGUUUGCAGAUAUUUUCUUACUGCGAUAUUAUUUCAAUUUGAAUUAUUAGUCACAGUGUACAAUAAGUGCACAGAGAUUCAGCUCAGUGGUAUUACUGAGACAGCACCAUCAGGACUCUCUUAAUAAUCCCCGAUGACAUAAUUCUCUUUUGUCUUAUUGCGUGCAAUUUAGGAAUUAGUGGUGUUAUGUGUAUUUAAAUGUGUGUCAGUGAUCUGUCAACUCAAAUACAAACAACAGAUGUUUGAUUUGUGUGUGUGUGUGUGCACGCCUGUGUUUGGGUGUGCGCAUGUCUAGGUACUUCCUGCAGAGGUUUGUUCCAGGGGCACGAACCCUGACCGAGAAAGAAAUGAAGAGCUUCAUCUCAGCAGCCGAUGAUGACAGUGACGGCAGAAUUGGAGCGGACGGUCUGUAUCUGAUUUCUUACAUUAUAGGUUUACAAAGACAGAAGGUCAGAAGAUCACAUAUCAGGGGUCAGACUAAAUCUCAAUUGACAAAGUCACACAACCACAAAUAGAGAAAGACAGGAGUUAGAGUCUUACAAACUUUCUUAGUAUGAGAUAAAUAUCCAACAUGCUGAUAAUGAUAUCAAGUGCAAUGAUACAAUGACAACUGUUUAUAGCAAUGACUCAAAAAAGGCAAAUUUCCCCCUUUAUGUUGGCACUACUUGAUCUGAUGAUGGCUAAUAUUGAGCUAGAGCUUCAUCUGACUGCAUCAGGUGGUGUGAAAGGAUGUAAACCACACAAAGGUCUAUGGGAAUGACAUGCAGCAAAGGGCCACAAUCAAACCAAGGACACCCACUUUGAGAACUGUAGCCUCUUUAUUACAUAGGCGUGGUAUGAAUUAAUUGCUAAACUGCACCGCAUUUCCUCCUUUUCAGCAUUACUUUUGUUUGUUAUGUGUAACUAUGCUCUCAAGAAUGAAAGUCUGUAUCUGUUGCUGUCGUGUACUGUGUGAAAAGAGAAAAUCGGAAUGUAAUUGUCUAAUCUUAUUUAUUUACUCAUGUCCAGGUUAUUAUUUUUUGGAAAAAAUAUGAAAGGGAAGUAUUUGAUAGCCAACAUUUAGAUCAGACAGACUUUACCAAUGCUGCAGAUGAUAGAAGCAACUUGGAGUACCCUGAAUUUAGCUCUUAUAAAGAAAAUUUUAAUACGUUUAUCUCUUAAGCUGAGAGAUAAAAAUGAAUUGGAUUAAAUGAUAUUUUUAAGGCUUAUUUACUGUGAGGAGUAUUUUAAAGGGAACUGGUUUACUGAGAAUAUUUGUUGAGUCAUGUUGUUUCAGGUUUAUCAGAGUAGAAAACAUCUGCAUGCAGUCGUGACCUGUAAAAUCCUGUUCCUGAUUUUCCUGUCCUCUAGUUACGAGCAAUAUUUGGGCUCAGCUGUCUUACAUAAUAGGAUAAGGGAUUUGGACAAUCCAAAAGAGAUUAUCUUAGUCUGUAUUUGUUUAUAUUUUCCUGUGCUCAGUCAUUUAAAAGUUCAGAGGUGAUCCCUAUGUUAAUCACACAAGUAACAGUUCAGCGUAAGGUUAAAUUUUGUUUGAAUGAGCUGUUUAGUAGAAGGCCAAGGGCAAAGAAGUGCUGUAUGAAUCCUGUAUAAUUCAGUCAUCCUGUCUGCAGAAAACUCACUGCUCUUUUGUAACUGUCUUUGCCAGAAUUCCAGACUAUGGUCCUGUCCUGAGUUUCAUUCAUGGAAAGAGAACAAGUCUUCAGAUCAAGAGUCCUCCUCUCACCCCUGGAGUCCUUCUGUUCCCAGUGAAUCAUUUUCUACUAAAAUCAGCUGAAUAGUUUUGAAAUCAUAUUUUGUUCAUUUAAAGACAUACAACUCUGACUUUGUCUGUCCUCUGUGUUUGUCUGUGUUUUCUUUUCCCUGUAAAGCUCACCCCUGACAAUCAAUCACUUCAAAAUAAUCAGUGAGAAGAAUAAACACAUUGGUGCUGAGAUUUUACCUGUAUCAAAUUUAUGACAACUGGAAAAUACAAUGAAAAUUGUGUGUGGAUUUUACUGUACAUUAAUUGUCUUUCAAAGAAUAAAGCAAAUUUCUGAAAUUAGGAAAUGAAA